AUGUAUCCCGUGACACUCGUCAGAAUAUCGAAAGGAAGUACAAUCGAUGUUGAACUGAAGAACAACGAUACAUACAGAGGAACAUUGGUUGCUUGUGAUUUGCUGAUGAACUUGAGAUUGAGGAAUGUGAGGCUGGUGAACGGAGACGGUGAAAAAGAUUUUAGUGAAUGCAUUCUGAGAGGGAGUGCUGUUAAGCAUAUCAAACUGAAUAAUAAGGUGCUGUACGUGCAAGAAAUGGUUGAAAAGAAAAGAUUGAUGGCAGCAGAGUAUGAUUAG